UUAAUUGAAGUGUAGUUGAUUCAUGAUGUUGUAUUAGUUUCUGGGGUACAACAUAGUGAUUCAGUUAUACAUAAAUAUAUUCUUUUCUCAAAUUCUUUUUCAUUUUAGUUUAUUGCAAGAUAUUGAAUAUAGGUCUCUAUGCUGUACAGUAGGACCUUGUUGUUUAUCUAUUUUAUAUGUAGUAAUUAGUAUCUGCAAAUCCCAAGCUCCUAAUUUAUCCCUCCCCCUUUCCGCUUUGCUAACCAGGAGUUUAUUUUCUAUGUCUGUGAGUUUAUGUCUGUUUUGUAAAUAAGUUCAUUUGUGUCGUUGUUUAAUAGAUUCGACAUACAAGUGAUAUUGUAUGAUAAUUUGUUUUCUCUGUCUGACUUACUUCACUUAGUAUGAUCUCUCGAUCCAUCCAUGUUGCUGCAAAUGGCAUUAUUUCAUUCUUUUUAUGGCUGAGUAGUGUUCCAUUGUGUGUGAGUGUGUGUGUGUGUGAAUAUACACAUACACAUACCACACCUUCUUUAUCCAGUCAUCUAUUGAUGGACAUUUAGGUUGCUUCCAUGUUUUGGCUAUUGUCAGUGGUGCUGCUAUGAACUUUGGAGUGCAUGUAUCUUUUCAAAUUAAGAGUUUGCUCCUGAUAUAGAAAAAGCAUAAAUCUUGAGUGAACCACUGAGUGAGUUCCUACAAUGCUUUUACUUGUGUUUCCCAGACUCCUAUCAAGGUAUGCUCAUACCUUUUCACACAUUUAUAAUUGACCUAAUAUCAUUAAUCAUUUUCAUGUGUUUCCUCCUUACUAAAUUAUAAGUUCUAAUUAGAGGAAAAGGCAAGGACUGUGACUUUGUCUCUUUCCCAUGGAUAAAAGGAGUGCCUACUAUGUGUUCAGCACUGAGUCAGUCUAGAAUAUUUUAUCAGUUAGGAUACAGCUCAGCUCUUCUCUUAAAGGACCCACAAAGACAGUGGCUUAAAUGAGGCAGAUAUUUUAUUUCUCUCACAUAUUACAGUUCAAACUAUAAGAUGUCCAGGGCUGAUCUGGCAGCUCCACGGUAUCAAGGACCAAGGCAUCUUCAUUCUUGUUGUUCCACAUCCAUCAGUUUAAAACAAACAGAUGUAGUAAUGGGUUAAUAUACGUACUAAACAGGGUAACCACAAGCCAAAAGCUUACAAUAGAAUCACAAAAACUAAAAAGAAGCCAAGAUAAUACAAAGGAAAAUUAUCAAACCACAUCCACUUGUUGUUCCAGCAUCCUGGAAGUCUUACCCUCACCACAGUGUUUUGGUUGACUCACCACAGCAUUCCAUCCAGCUGGGAAAGGGAAAAAGGUGAAGAGAAGAGCUGUCUUGGAAGUUACACUUACUUGCCGAUGACCAGAACAUAGUCACAUGACUACAUCAGCUAAAAAUCAGGAAUACUAGAGGAGGAGAAAAUGGAUAUUGAGGAACAGUUAACAUAUAUGCUUCGUGUAUGAUCUCAUUUAAUCUUCACAAUAACCCUACAAACUGCUUAUAGAAAAACUAAUAAUCAGAGAAGCUAAGUAAAUGGCUAGAAAAUUGAAGACCUGAGAUCUGAAUUCAAAGCCUGUAUCUUUCAUUCUACCUAGUAAAAUGUUAGGAGGGAAUAUAUGACUGUUAUUAAAUAAAGUCAUUUUCACAGUGUUAUAACACAUAUUUUCAUGUUAUGUAUUUUCACAGUAUCAUAUCAUCACUUUACUGCUAGGACACCCUGUAUAACUUUACUCCGUACUUCUCACUGCCUUUAAAUGAAGUGCUAUAUCAACUGGUUUGUAACUUUUAAAUCUAUGAUGUCAGUAAAUCACAUAUUUGCCCAGCAAAAGCUUCUGUAUUCUGUAAUUGUUUAGAAGUGCUAUCUAAUCAUAAAGUUGGAGAUUAUACCAUGUAAUGCCUUCAUUUUAAAAGCAAGGAAGAUCGAGGUCCAGAAGUGAUAACAGAACUUGUCCUUUAUUUCAUUACCACCCCUGCUUCUUCUCAAGCAUCAUGGGAAAAGCACUAGCUAGUUAAUCAUUUCUGUAAGUAACCGUCAUUGUUGUAUUUAAGAAUUGUCUCAGGUUUGCGGAGUUGUCCUGAUCUGGAAAUUCAAGCUGAACAAUGCGUAAGAAAUGUAUAUAAUCCUGGCCUAUUUUAGUGAAUAAUGGAUAUUAUUUAGCAUUAAAAACAUCUUUAUAGCUAUCAGGAACCUGUUUUAGAAAGGGUAACUGCUAUUUGACAGUUAAAUAAAAGGAAUGCGUGAGGUCAUUCCUACCCAUAAUUCAAAACCCAAGUCAAAUGCCACCUACCUCUCAAAGCCUCUCCUAAACCUCGUAAAUAGAUGUGACCACUUUCUUUUCCAAACUCUAGUCUUUGGAUAUCUCCAGGUACUCAAAUACAGUAAGUUAUAGAGAAUGAUGCCUUCUUGAGAGUAGGUUUCAUGUCUGUCUUGUUCUCACUGCAUCAGUGGUGCCCAUCCCAGGCUUUGUUUUUAGUUAACACUCAGUAAAUGUUUAUUGAAUGAAAUAUCCACAUGCACCAUAGGAGAAUACUUUGUAGCUGGCUUUAAUAAACAGUCCUUGAACUAAGAAUUUCAGAGAUUUAGUCCCAGUCACUUGCUUAUAGCUUUGUAGCUGUGUGCAGGUCAUUCGACUCCUCUGAGCCUUAUCAGUCAAAUGGGAACAUGAAUAAUAGGAAAUGAAGACCUGAUUGGGAAAAAAAAAAAAAAAAAAAACCUUUGUGGAAAGAACACAAGUCUAAGGUGGUACUAUCCCUCAGGCCCCUUGCUGCUUCCCACACAGUACUCUACAUGUAUUAGGCAAACAAAUACUUCAUUUUUUCUAAUUUAAUUGAAUAGUAAUGGUAUGUAUUUUAUUCAAGUCAAAGUUUGGCCCUAGCAGUUGACAGAUCAUUGUUGAAGCCUGGAAAUUUUACCAAGGGAAAAUAAAAUGAUCUCCCUUGUGGAGGCUGACUCUACUACCCUAGGACAGUUUCAUUAUUGAACCAAGGAUCAAUGGAAGAGGAAGCAGCCUGAUGCCCAGGGAUUUUCUUGGUGCUUCCUCCUGGGCAGGCACAUGCUGGACCUGGGAGGCAGAACAGGAACUUGCUACCCUCCAUCUUCCCUCUCACAGGAACCACUCAAAGGAAAAAAGGAACUACUGCCAGAGGAACAGAGGUGGCUGAGUCAGGACCAUCCUGGCUGCUGGAGGAUUGCCCCGGGACUGGGAUGCUUUGUAUUCUCACCCAGCUACCUUCUGUGGCGUCAGUGACUUAAUCUUUUCCUUGUGUGGUAUGAGGAAACCAGCAAAUGAAACCCAGAAUUAAGACAUUACCGUGAAGGCUUUCCUUAAAAUACAUUUGAAAGAGUGAAACUGUAACUAGAAGAGUAUUUCCAAGGCAAAGGUUAUUCUAGCUUAGACCUCCUGGGUUUAGGGGAUAAGAGUGGCCCUUAGAUAAGAGUUUGAGCAUGUUUGUUAUAAAUAAAGCCAUUUCCCUAGAGCCUGGCAAGUUUUGCAGAAGGCAUACCAAAAUGUAAUUGAAAUGUGACUGCCUCUUAAAUUGUGAGAUUAAUUUUACACUUAACAAAUGCUUUAAAAAAAAAUAAAUGAACAAGUGGUCUUAAAGUUCAGGGUGUUAAUAUUUGAAAUCUGCCCAAUUUAAUUAGCAGGGUCUUAGAGACUGUUUCCUUUUUCUCUGGUCAGUGUCACUGAUCUAACACCCAAUUUUCUUCUUGGUUGUGAGAUAGAAAUUAAAUGUAUUAUUUAUUUAGCUGUAUUGUCCUGAAUCAUAUCUUCCCAGCAUACAUUUUUAUUUCAGGAAAUAGGAUGCAUCCAUGUGGAAUUUACUCAGUAACUCUUCCUAGUGACAUUUGUGUGAUCUAAUUAAAGGACCUGACGUGGUCUCCACAUGAUUUACUUGCAUAUGAUGCAGUUAUUUUUAGUACUGUAUUUACAUUUUUAAAAACAAGAAUGCACCUUCUUGAUGGAACAGACAUGCAUUUUUAGAUUCACAGACUCAAAACCUAUGGAACGAAACAGUUUCUUACAAAUUGAGUCCAAAUAUCUUUUUUUGUAUCAAAGAGAUAGAAACUUGAGUCCAAAAAGAGUUAGUGGCCCUGAACUAAGGUCACAGGGUCAGUCAGUAAUAGAACAAAAUAAGAAACUAGAUGGGCUCCCAAUUCAAGGUUCUUCUUUGUCCCAGAUUUUAAAAUAUGGGUGUGGUUUACAUUAACAGUUUGUUAUGACAUCUGCAGCUUGUUAAAACAGUGAUAGACUACCUAGCCACAUAGCUACUUAGAUUAUCUAAUUUCUGCAUGAACAUAUUACAGUAUAUCAUAGUCCCUGUAGCUACCUGCCCUGGUUUUUCUUUCCCUGCUUAUAUACUUAUUUUUAACCUCGUGUGUUUUUUUAAGCCACCCUGAAUCCUUCUUUGAAUGAUACAGUGUCUAAAUAAAUACUCAAAGUGAUGCUUUGUAUUAAUGCUAAUUACCUGUGUUUCCAUAGUGUCUUUGACAUAUCAGAGAUCUUAGCAAUGUUAAUUAUCCUAACAGUAUUUUGUCUUUUCCACCUAUCAGAGGUAGCAGUAAAAGCAAACUUCCUAAAUGGAAUGCCUAAAAAAAUUAUCAUUCUUUCAUUGCUUCAGAAGGUAAAGACACUGUGCUCCCCAUAAUAAAAACCUUGAAAUUGUUUCUGUUCAGCCUAAAAAAUGACUUAGGAGUGUAUUUAGUAUCUUAAAAUGGAAGACUGGCCGAUAGGAUUGAAAUAUUACCUAGGUAUUUAAAAGAGCAUUGUGAUUUAUGGUCAACUGGUUUUCAACAAGGGUACCAAGGGCAUUCAGUGGAAAAAGAAUAGCCUUUUCAACAAAUGAUGCCAGGACAGCUGGAUAGUCACAUGCAGAAUGAAUCUGGAACCCUACCUCAUACCAUAUACAUGUUAACUCAGUAUCAAUCAAAGAUCUAAAUGUAAAAGCUAAAAUUAUAAAAUUUCUAAAAGGAAAUAUAGAUGAAAAUUUGUGUGAUCUUAGAUUAGGUAUUGGUUUCUUAGAUAUGACAUGAAAAGCAUAACCAACAAAGAAAAAACAAAUAAAUUAGACUAUCAAAAUUAAAAACUUUGUGUGUCAAAGGACACUGUCAAAGAAAUGAAAAGAUAAUCUACAAAAAAAAAAGAUAAGAUAAUUUACAGAAUGGGAGAAAAUAUUUAUAAAUUUUGUGAAUAUAUCUGGUAAGGGUCUAGUUUCCAGACUGUAUAAAGAGCCCUUACAACUCAACAAUAGGCACAAAUAACCCAAUUAAAAAAUGGCUAAAGGAUUUGGUCAGACAUUGCUCUAAAGAAGAUAAACAGAUGACCAAUACGCAUUGUAAAGAUGCUCAGCAUCGAAAGUAUGAUGAGGUAUUACUUCACACCCACAAGGAUCCUAGCAUAUAAUUUUAAAAUGGACAAUAAUUGUUGGUAAAGACAUGGACAUUGCUGGUUGAAAUGUAAAAUGAUACAGCUUCUGUGGAAACUUCUGGUACUUCUGUGGCAGUUCCUCAAGAAGUUAAACAUAAUUAUCAUCUGUCCCAGCAAUUCUACUCCUAGAUAUAUAUCUAAGAUUAUUGAAAGCAUAUGUUCACACAAAUAUCUAUGCACAAAUAAUAGCUUUAUUCAAAAUAACCAAAAAGUCGAAACAACCCACAUGUCCAUUGACUAGGGAGUGGACAAACAAAAUGUGGUAUAGCCAUAAAAUGGAAUAUUGUUCACACAUAAAAAGCAAUGAAGUAGUAUUACAUGUUGCUAAAUGGAUAAAAUAUGGAAAUUUUAUGCUACGUGAAAAAAGCCAGACAUGAAAGCCAUGUAUUAUAAUGACUCCAAAUAUCCAAAGUAGGCAAAUCCAUAGAGUUAGAAAGCAGAUUAGUGAUUGUCUGGGGAUAGAGGGAAGAGAGGAAUUGGGACUAAUUGCUAAUGGGUGCAGAGUGUCUUUCUGUGAUGAUAAUGUUUUGGAAUUAGAUAAUGGUGAUGGUUGCACAACAUAGCGACUAUACUAAAAACAACAGAAGUGUAUACUUUAAAGUGGUGAAUUUUAUGUUAUAUGAAUUAAAUCUUAAUGUAAAAUACUAAAAAAUUUUAAAGCAUGUGUACCCAAAGAUAAAGAUGUUAUGAAAGAUUAGAGACAGAUUAUGAAGGAUUUCCAGUGCUAAAGAAGUGAAAUAAUUUGGUACCCUCCCAAAACCCCUAUGACUGAAAGAGAACUUUGUCUAUUCUGUGGCUUUCAGAGGAUUAAGAAAAAGGCUCUGGUUUGGUUUUUACAGCUUGACAGGAAGAAUCAUAGUCAUUAGAUGGCCUUCUGCUCAGAGCCGAGGGAUGUCAUUAGAGAUGUUACGCAAAUUGAGAUGAUGAAACUAAAUUACGUCCACUGAGUAGAUCACCUGUAGUUCAGAAAUAGCAUAGGAGUUGGAAAACUAACAGAGGGUUGGGGUAGACUAAUGGGAUGUGAUUUUUCUUUUUUAAUGUAGUACAAUCCAACAGCAGCUUUCCCUAGAUUUUGUGCUAAAAUAAGAGCAUUUUCACACAUUUUAAUUGCUCUGUGAUAACAACAGUGUGAGCUCCAUCCACAAACAUUUAUUAUCUACUUAAUUUUGCUUUAAUUUCAGUGUAGCAAGCAUUCACCUUGUAAGUGGGAGUAACUGUCCAUUUAGUAAAAAGAAAUCCCUUCUCACAUUGCUAAUCCUGUUGUGCAUUUCAAGAUUAAUAACAAAUGACCUUUUAUAUUUUUCCAUUUUUAGGUUGCAUUUAUAGAGUACUAUUUCCAAAGUAGCAUCUUUAUGAACUGGAACCCCAAUUGCUCCUUAAACAAUAACCUGUCAUUUACUCCAUCCUUUAUAGUGAUGCUACAGGACAGAGAGGAAUGGAUAAAAACAUUGGUGAGCAACUCAAUAAAGCUUACGAAGCCUAUCGACAGGCAUGCAUGGAUAGAGAUUCUGCAAUAAAAGAACUACAGCAGAAGCAGACUGAGAACUAUGAGCAGAGAAUACGUGAGCAACAGGAACAGCUGUCACUUCAACAAACUAUUAUUGACAAGCUAAAAUCACAGUUACUCCUUGUGAAUUCCAGUCGAGAUAAUAGUUAUGGCUGUGUUCCCCUGCGUGAAGACAGUGAAGCAAAGAAGAAUAAUUUGACUCUUGAUGAGCCACAUGAGAAAGGAAAAUCAGGAAUACCAAGAGAAAAUGAAUCAAAGGUAAGAAGACAAGAGAUUUCUUCUCCAAGAAAAGAAGCAUCACCAAGGAGUCUUGGCAUUCAUUCAUUCCAUGAAAGGGGUUCUAUAGAGAAGACUUUCCGGGAUCUGAAAGAAGAAUUUCAUAGAAUAUGCAUGCUGGCAAAAGCACAAAAAGACCACUUAAGCAAACUUAAUGUACCAACCACUGCAACUGAGACACAGUGUUCUGUGCCUAUACAGUGUACGGAUAAAACAGAUAAGCAAGAAGUGCUGUUUAAGCCUCAGGCUAAAGAUGAUAUAAAUAGAGGUGCACCGUGCAUCACAUCUGUCACACCAAGAGGAUUGGCCCGAGAUGAGGAAGACAACUCUGUCGAAUCACUUUCUAAAUUCAAUGUCAAGUUUCCACCUACAGACAGUGACUCUACUUUCUUACAUAGCACUCCGGAAAGACCCAAUGUCCUUGGUCCCACCGCAUUUGAGGCUGUGUGCCAGGAUACAUUUAAUAUGGAGCCCAGAGACAACCCGGGAAACUUUGUUAAAACAGAAGAAACUUUAUUUGACAUUCAGGGCAUUGAACUGAUAGCUUCAGCUACACAAAACCUUAAAACAACUGACAAAACAAAACCCUCAAGUCUUGUGAACACUUGUAUCAGGACAACUCUGGAUAGAGCUCCGUGUUUGCCACCUGCAGACCAUAACAAAUUAUGUAUAAAUACAUUCCCACUUCAGGACCCGUCUGAUGCACCUUUUACUUCACUUGAUUCCCCAGGAAAAGCUAUCCGAGGACCACAGCAGCCCAUUUGGAAGCCCUUUCCUAAUCAAGACAGCGACUUAUCGGUACUAAGUGGCACAGGCUCAGAACUGCGUAUACCUCGAGUAUGUGAAUUCUGUCAAGCAGUUUUCCCACCAUCCAUUACAUCCAGGGGGGAUUUCCUCCGGCAUCUUAAUUCACACUUUAAUGGGGAGACUUAAGACACAUUUGAAAACAGACAUACCAAGUUCUAUGUGAUGAUUUGGGGUUUGUAAUACUAGGUACUUGGUUGCAAAUGUAGUUCAAGAUCAUUUGUUGAAAAAUCAGUGUCACAGAUGUUUGAGUUUUUCCUAAACUUACACUGUAACUUUCUUGUAUUACCUUUUAAAAGAUCAUUCUGUAGAAAACUAAUUCAUUAUAUUCAUGUUUACAGUGUUUAUUACCAUAAUUCAAAGUUGUGUAUGUGACUUAUGGAAUUGUGUAACAAUAACUUAUGUUUGCUUCAAUUGUCUAAGCUUAUUGCUUGGAUUUCUAGUUAGAUCUGUUGAAUUUGGUGAUGUCAUGUUUAUAGGGUUUUUUUCAUUUGUUUUCAUUUUAAGUUUUUGAUUAUUUAUGCUAUAGGUGAUGUUCUUUUUGAAUAAACCUAUAAUAGAGAAUAGCAUCUAAGUAAAUACAAAACAUAAGACAUUUGUUGCUCAGUGAUAAAAAUCAUGAUAGGAUUAUUUAAAACACUUUAGAUUGUUGGGGGUUUUUUAUUAAUAGAUAUGGCUUUAAUUUUUACUGUGUGUCUAGCUACAUGAUGAAACAUUAUGUUGUGAUCAUUAAUGUGUUCUUUGUUCCCGAAUUGAAGAAAUAAAUCACAUUU